GUCUCUAAGGUGCCACAAGGACCCCUUUUCUUUUUGUGGAUACAGACUAACACGGCUGCUACUCUGAAACUAUAAAGUAGCCGCCCAGGAAAAGAACCUGUCAUUUGUGAUAGGGGCAGGUCACCCCCCAAUACACAACCCGGUCAGUGUUCAGGCUGUCAGAGGCAGAGAUAAGAGAGAGUUCUGCCUGGCCGACCCUACUUUGAACCAUGUGACCCUAGAAACCACUGUGGCUCUGUCUCUGUCCCUUUGCCCUGAGUUCCCGGUGCGUGUCUCUCUCUGCAAAGGCAGGUUCUUCAAUCAGCCAGCUGGCAUCUUUCCCCUCGGUUCUCCAGCUGGGGCCUUUGCUCGGCUUCCCUGCAGAGACAUGGGGAAAAAAUCCACUUCCUCUUGCUUGUUGGUUGCUAGCUCAUUGUCUUUCCAGCUUCUUCAUUGAUCUGGGUCGGUUUCAGCCAGGCCUUUUACUGACCCAUUGGUUCCAUCCCAGACAGCGGCAUGACCUGACACCCCGAGUUUCUCGCUCUGCCCCAAGAACUGGUUAUAGGCCGUGUACAUUACAGAGCAAGAUCCCAGUGUCUGUGGCCAGCAGCUCCAACCCUACAGCCCCUCCCGGUCUGCCAGGGGCCAAACAGAGCAGGGCUGGAAGCCUGUCGCACCGGGAGCGGGUGUGAGCAUCUGUCAGCAGAGACACGGACCCUUAACCGUGCACCAUGGAGCCCCAGAUGCAGGGACAGAUGCCCAGGGCUGGACUCCUGCUGCUGCCCCUUCUCCUCUGCUUCGGGCCAGAGACCGCCAGGAGCAUUGACCCGACCGCGCUCCAAAAAAUCGUGGAUCAUGUGAACAAUAACGGCGGAGUCAACAAGCAAUACGCCUUUGCCACCACACUGCCCCAUGCCACCUGCAGCAACCCCCAGCAUGUGGCCACCUAUCUGCCCAUGACCCAGCUAGCAGACAUGAGAAAGAAGAUUGGCCCGUUUGGUGCCCUGUACAACCCGCCCAGCGGGAACAUCGUGGCCGCCCGGCCAAAGGAAGUGAUUACACCGAGUGGGUCAUACACAGAGCACAGCGAGUGGCGUCUUCUCUCCGGCCCAAACAGCCUUGUGGCCCAGCUCAAGGCCAGGACCUACGGCCAGAACAGCUGCCUGAUCUUAUUCACCUUCAACUCGCCCUGCUCCACCAAGUGUCUGCGCAAGGCUGGGCGCUCCAACAUUGUGGGGAUGACCAGCGCUGCCUUCUCGGCCAUCGACAACAACUACAAGGCCUUCGUGUUCCAGAAGAUCUUCAGCUAUGACUUGAGGCCUGUCGUGACCCGCCAGGACCUGCUGCAGGCCUGGCACCGGCUGCGUGACGUGCCCCUGCUGCGCUGCGACAACAACGGCUGCCAGGACUGUGCUCCGGUGGACCCCCGAAACAACCCCUGCCUGGCUGGGAAGACAUAGAUGACAGAGCGGAGCCGUAAGCCGUGUGUGGCUCUUUGUGCCACUGGCCUCCCUCGCUGCCCAUGCACUUCUGGCUCGCUGAGUGUAACAGAAACACAUCCCAACCGGGCACUAAGCUGCAAGCCAGAACCCCAUUCCAAUGUGUUCUCCAAUCUAGAACCCAACCCACAGGAGUGCUCCAAUCUAGAACCCUAUUCCCGGGCAUGCGCUGGUUUAGAACGUGAUUGACAGGUAUGUGCCAACCUAGAACCCCUUCUAGAGUGUGUUCCCAUCUAGAACCCCAUGCAUGGACGUGCUAAAAUCAGCAAUUUAGAGCCCCAUUGCUGGGUGUGCUCCAAUGCAGUACCCCAUUCCCAUCCCUGGGUGUGCUCCAAUCUGUGAUCUAAAAGCCCUUCCCUCUCCCCAAGUGUGCACCAACCCAGAAUUGCCACCCCCACAGUGGGCCUCAAGCUCUGUUCUAAACCUUCAUCCCCCACAGUGCGUCAAGCUCCAGUCGAGAACAUAGCUCCCAUCACUCGGUGUCUCUGAGCUGCAGUCUAGAACCCACAUUCACCCAGUGAGCUCAGAACUCUGAUCUAGAACCCAGCCUCCAACCCUGCACAAGGCCCGGGGGAGGGGGCAGUGGAUGGGAGCAGGGCACAUUGGGCCCGAUGAUAAUAUGAUGGGGCUGGAUCAGAGGGGGAAGCCCCUUAGACAGAUGGUGGUGGGGGGAUUCCUGGGCAUGGACCAUAGCCACAGUGGGGCAGUGGGGAUCUCGGAGCGCGGGGUCCGUCAAUGGGGGGCUGCUUUGGGGUUGUUCCAUUCUGCAGGUGAUGCUUUUUGCUGAUUCUCUGAUGUGCGAUUGCCGCCAAUAAAGCUUCUGAGCAU